AUGACAGUCUGCAGCCUCGAGAGCCAAGGGAGCAACCAAAAGUCGGACAGCGUUCAAAUUUUGGCCCGUCUAGUCAUCGAUCCAAAGUCAUCCAGAGCGCACGAGGAAGCCACAGUGAGUGGCAAAAGCGACGACGAUACAAAACCAGGGCAGAUCUUUGAGCAAAAGCGGGAGACGUUUUCCUCGGAGGUGGACACGCUCAAGGGACGCCAGUCUCUUAUCAACAACACCCAUCUUGUCGAUUCCUCCCAGCUCUAUCAUCACCCUCGUUUAUCCUACAUCCCGUUACCCAGCACCAACACGUUUAGUACAAGGGUCAUUGUGGUUGACUGCUCCCUCACCCGCCGGCCUUCAGAGGAUCGUCAAGGUGCUCGCCAAACCACGCCUUCCGGCAACACGAAUUCAAGGAAACGGACCCUCGUUACUCAAUUCAAUCAUACACGACGGCACCCGCCGCAUCUACGCAUCCCUACCGAAUGUUGUCGUUUUGGACGGACGACGCGAGAGCUGCUAGCACCUAGAGCGCAUGGAAGAUCACAUACAAUGAAGACGUACAGUGGUGACGUCCAACAGACGCUUAUUUAG